GCCCCGCUACGCGUACGUGCGCGCUCACGUACAGCGCGUGGUUCUUUCACAUUGCCGUAAGUAGCGAAGACUAGUCCGUCGUUUUAAAGGUUCCAGGCGUUCUUUUACAUGUUUUAAUUGUAAUUAACCACUCUGCGUCUUAGACUGAAGCCUUUUUAGUCUAGGGGUGGAGUGGAGAGUGUCGAGAGGCUCCCGCUGGACGUCAACCGAUCUUUUUGGCAGCACAUUGCGGCGGAUUUGAGGGGUGUUUGUUAGAGGAGAAAUGGCCACUGAGGUGGAGACUCUCCUGCCGAACAACCCGCUGCUGAAGCCGGAGGAGGGCGGCGAGGGAGGAGGGUUUGCGCUGAAGGAGCAGAGCCUGAAACGGGCGAAGGAUGAGAGCAACAGCCAGGCGAAGGAGAACCUGAACCAGGAGAGCGAAGAAGACGCCUGUAAGAAGGAGUUUACUGAAGCACCGCCGCCCAAGGUGAACCCGUGGACGAAGAAGAUGAGCGGCGUCAACGGACAAACGCUGCACGAGCAUUCUGGGCCCACAAAGGUUGUGAAGGCGGGAAAUACGCGAAUGAGACGAGGAGGAAAGGUGGGGGAUUUUGGAGAUACGAACAACUGGCCGACACCUGGAGAGAUCGCUACGAAGGAAGUUCAGGUUGUGAAGAAGUCAGUAGUCAAACGAGAGUUCAAAGGAAAGAGGGAAAAUGAAGAGAGCAAAGAGAACCUGAAAGCCAAAUCGGACGACUCUGGAGAAGAUAAAAACACUGAUGAGGAGUCGCAGAAAAACGGACACAAAAAGAGAGGAAAUAAGCACAAGUGGGUUCCUCUCAUGAUCGAGGUGAAGUCUGAAGGUCCGCGUGAGCGCUCGGCCUCCCGGAACAACACGCGUCAGUUCGACGCUAAUCGUAUCCCCCCCGGCGGCAGGAACGACCUGAGAGAUUGGCACAGUGGGAAGUACGAUCAGGAGUUGAGGGAUGACCAUGACGAGGUGUCCAGCGUGAAGAGCGAGGGAGCGCCGUACAGAACCGCUGCCAGGGGACGCGGCCGUGGACGGGGACGAGGAAGAGGACGAGGCAGAGGAGCCGGCAGAGGUCAUUAUGACUACUACUACGGCCAUAAAGGCUAUGAUGGAAAGGAUGGUGCCUGUGGUCAGAAGUUCAACAGCACGGUGACCUACUAUUACGACAACAUGAGCAGUACUGACCUGUACGCUGUGGACCAUGACCUGCUCAAGGACUACAUCAAGAGACAAAUUGAAUACUACUUCAGUGUUGACAAUCUGGAGAGGGAUUUCUUCCUGCGCAGGAAGAUGGAUCAGGAGGGCUUCCUGCCGGUCGCUCUGAUCGCGAGCUUCCACCGCGUGCAGGCGCUCACCACAGACGUCAGCCUCAUACUAGAGGCCCUGAAGGACAGUAAAGUAGUGGAUAUCACGGAUAUGAAAAUCCGCUGCAAGGACGAGCCUGAAAAAUGGCCCCUGCCGGGCCUGGCUUUGCCUGACCAUUCGCAGACAGAUUUUGCUCAGUUCAUCAACUGCCCGGAGUUUGUUCCCAGGAACGUGGACAAACAGACAGGUUCUCCGAGAGCCUCCACACCCGCGCAGCCCAAGACAGACGAUGUGAGCAACCUGAAGCUGAUGCCGAAGGGCCUGUCAGCCAGUCUUCCGGAUCUAGAUUCGGAGUCGUGGAUCGAAGUCAAGAAGAGGCCUCGGCCUUCACCGGCUCGACCCAAGAAAGCAGAGGAGGCGCGGACGCCCGUUCAGCCCGGCCCGACGUCAGGCGAGCAGGAGCAGGACGAGCCCGAGGAGCUGGACUUCAUGUUUGACGAGGAGAUGGACCAGAUCGACGGCCGACGCAACACUUUCACCGACUGGUCGGAUGAAGACUCGGACUGUGAAAUCGAUGAUCGAGACGUCAACAAGAUUCUCAUAGUCACACAGACGCCACCGUACCUGCGCAAGCAUCCUGGAGGAGACCGCACGGGAAACCACACCUCCCGCUCCAAACUGACCAGCGAACUGGUGAAGGUCAUUAACGACGGACUUUAUUACUAUGAACAAGACCUCUGGGACGAUACGUACGAACCAGAAUAUGCCAUGAUCAAGCAAGAAGUGGAGAACUUCAAGAAGGUGCACCUGAUCAGCAGAGAGCAGUUUGACUGUCUGACCCCUGAGCCGCCCGUCGACCCCAACCAGGAGGUUCCUCCAGGACCGCCGAGACCCCAGCAGAUCCCCACGGAAGCCUUGGCCAACAAACUGUUUGGCGCCCCUGAACCGUCGGCUAUCGCUCGCUCUCUUCCGACUACAGUGCCUGACUCGCCCAACUACCGCAGUGCCCGCACACCCCGGACGCCUCGCACCCCGCGGCUGAAGGACCCCACGCAGACGCCCCGCUUCUACCCUGUGGUGAAGGAAGGACGGCCGCUCGAUGCUAAGACCCCUCGCAAAAGAAAGACGCGGCACAGCUCCAAUCCGCCCAUGGAGUGUCAUGUGGGCUGGGUGAUGGACUCCAGAGAGCACCGCUCCCGCACCGCCUCGGUCAGCUCAAACGCGAGUCCGUCAGAAGGCACCGCGGCGAUGGGUAAUUACGGCUGCACGCCUCAGUCUCUUCCCAAGUUCCAGCACCCCUCGCACGAGUUACUGAAGGAGAACGGCUUCACGCAACACGUUUACCACAAGUACCGGCGACGCUGCCUCAACGAGCGGAAGCGGCUGGGCAUCGGACAGUCUCAGGAAAUGAACACGUUAUUUCGCUUCUGGUCAUUCUUCUUGCGGGAUCACUUCAACAGAAAGAUGUACGAGGAAUUCAGACAGCUGGUGGUGGAGGAUGGAAAGGAAGGAUACAGGUACGGUCUGGAGUGUCUCUUCAGGUUCUACAGCUAUGGACUUGAGAGGAAGUUCCGGCCGGACAUAUUUAAAGAUUUCCAAGAGGAGACCAUUAAAGACUAUGAAGCAGGCCAGCUGUAUGGACUCGAGAAGUUCUGGGCUUUUCUUAAAUACUCGAAAACAAAGAACAUGGAGAUCGACCCCAAGCUGCAGGUGCAUUUGAGCAAGUUCAAGCGUCUGGAAGACUUCAGAGUGGAUCCGCCCAUGGAUGAAGGUGGGCGUAAGAGACACCCUUCCAGUGGCGAUGGCCGUCGCCGCCAUCCUUCCCAGCCGUCUAGCCGAACCCAGACACAGGGCGCUUCAGGCCCCGCCCUCUCCGCUGGAGCUCCUCCCACCAGAGAUGAUGCCAAAACCCCGAGCCAGCGAACAGCUGCGGCAGACGCCAAGCCUCCGAAAUGAGUGGGCCGCUCGCCCUCACGGCGCUCCGCUGCGGGUCAGACCGACCGACCGACCGACCACACAAGCAUGACACAACGGCUUGCCAACGAAUGGCUCACGAUUGUCAAAUCAAGGCUCUUCCAUCUUCCCCUCGUUCACAGCAUUCGUGUAUCAGAAACGGACAGCAGAGGGCAUGAGAAAUUCUUCCAUUCUUUCUUUUAUUAAAGACUUUGAAGUUUUAUUCCUGUUGUAUCAUUGGGGUACAAAAAGGCUUUUGUUGAAUCUUUCUGCUUUAUAUCCUCAGUGGACUCACUGUUUUAUUUGGCUGAACGAUGCGUGAUUCCACCAUGAUUUUUAUUUUCUUUCCUUGUAGGGCGUAAAGAUUGUGUUGAACGAUGAUGAUGAUGAUGAUGAUGAUGAUCAGAUUGCUCUUGACUAGACUAGGUACUGGAUGAGGCAAACACAGAGAAUAAUGCAAAUACUCUAGAUCUGCAGUUGUUUGAGCGAGAUGAUUUUAUGUUACCGGUUUUUCGGGGGUCUAUAGCAAAUAACUUUCGGGGGGUCGUAAGCUUUGGCCAUCACUGUGACACUAAUGUCCCGCCUGCCAAAUCCUCUCGCUUGCUUCCAAGUGUCACGGUCUGUUACAGAAGACGACGACUCUUACCUUCAGCGGUCAGUUGUGUUCACAUGGACGAAUCAUUCCUCAGCUCGAGGACGGGAAGAGCCGUGGACGAACCGGACGGAGACGUGAAGCCGAGCUCUGUUCCCGUCGCUCGUCCACCGGCAGAUUUCCAAGAUCUCGUGCGAACGGGAGUCAUUACCAGAGUGUUGAUCCUAGUGUACAUAUGAAUUCAAGAAUUAAGAGACAUUACACCACCUGGCUGUACGUGUCAUUUAUUGUUUAUAGAGAUAUAUUUGCCUUACGUGUUCACCUUUUUUAUGCUCGCCCCUAAUGCGUUUUGAGUUAUUAUGGGUAUGUUUUAGUAUCACUUCCUGCUUUUCUUCAUACAAACAGCAUGUCGGUCUGACUAAAGGGAAACUGACCUCAGGGUUUCAACUGGAAUCAUGUGAAGAAAGGCAAACCUUUUGAUUAUCACGAUGCAUUUGACCGCAUUUGGAUCAUAAGCAAUAUUCUAAUUUAUGGGACUUCACUUUGAAUUUGGCUGCCGUAUGAACGUCUGCCCAUUUGUUUGCUAGAAUGCCUUUGGUCACGCUCUUUCUGGUAGUAUUUGGAUUUCAAUUUUAUUUCAUAUUAACUUGCGGCAAACAUUUAGCUGUUCCCUCUCCCUGUUUUCCCCCGGUGGGCUUCUUCAUUCAGAGUAGCUGUGGUCAAACCUUGAUGAGAACAUUCUUGUGAUCACUGAUAUAAUUAAAGCUUUUAUUCAACUAAA